AUGAUCCGUCGGGAGGCUUUCGAGCGACUGAGGCAAGCCUUGAACGUUCUGAAGGAUCAUCAUUAUGAUCCUUGGAACUGGCAUGAGUACUUGGCUGAUGAGCCAGAAGAAGGUGAGGAGGAAGAAGAGGAGGAAGAGGAAGUUGAUCUUGAGAUGCUGGCUCUCAAGCCGAAACGUCGCAAGAACAUCGACAAGCUAAAGGCGCACCUCCUGACGGUUGUGCAGGAGUUGAACCGUGCAGGUCACGCAGCCGAUCUUGCGUACUACUACAUGUCCGUGCAGCCCGAGCUCAUGAAAGAGUGCGUUGUGAUCAUGGGCGUGGCUGGGGACAUUGACGAGGACCUCCUGAUGGAAAGUGGGGACGCUUCGCCUGAGAAGAUCAUGGCUGCGCUGCAGGCAAAGCUGGAUGCAGCCCACGAACGGAUCGAGGAGCUCACCGACGAGGUGAAUGACUUGACCAAGAGGCUGAAGCAGAAGACCGAGGAAAGCGAGGACAGAUGGGGCCAUUGGCAGCGAUCCAAAAUGCAGGGCGAAGAAGCCAUGCAGAGGCUGGACGAGCAGACAAGGUCCUUGAUGAUGGUCCUGGAAAGGGAAGGAAAGCUGGCAGCCGCCUAUAACGACCUCUACGCCCGCCACAACCGGGCGCGGAAGCUCAUGAUCUACAAGGGCACCCACCUCAUGAGGGAUAGGCUCUUCCUCCGAAACAAGAAAGAAAAUCUCUUCUAUGGCUUCCACGGCUUCAUCACGGUCCUCCAGCAAGAGAAGGAGGAACGAAUCCGACGAGAGCUAGAAGAGAUGCGCGAUUCCGUGGAGUUUGCACUCCGGAAUGAGGUUCGCUUCCUCCUUUCUGAGAACCAACUCUGCAAUGCUUCAUCCCGGCGACUAGCGGAGGAGACAAACCGGCUAAAGCUGGACCGGCGUGCUCUAGCAAAGAGGCUGCUGUACAAACAGCGCCCCUACGAGCGCCUGGAGUACUUACUCUGGACCUGGGAGAUCUGGCAGACCACGAGAGGCGCUUUGCGCCUGGAGAAGGACUUGGCCCGCGAGAAGGCCACUGUGGCAGCGGUCAACCAGCAGUUCACAUGGACCUCUCGCCAGAUGGUUCCGCUAAUGGACUUCAUGGAUCAGCUCAGGAUGGAUGUGGUGAAGGAGCAGAUGCAGGGCGACAUUGUUCGAAGAGAACUUGUAGCACAAAGUGCGCGACAGUUUGCUUACUUAGCCGACCAGCUACGCUCGCAGCGCAAGCAGGAGCUGGACAUGCUACUGAGGCUGCGGCAUCUGGAAAAUGAGGCCAAGGAUGAGCGAAUAGCCGUUCUGGAGCGCGAGAUCGCCGAGGACAAGCACAUCCACGCCCUCAAGGGCAUGGUCGUUGACCUCGAGACAAACCUCCGGAGAGCCCUGGACCGCCGGAAGCAGCGCAGUUAUGUCGUGCCGCCUGCGAAUGGUCCUCGAUGUGUACAGUGCGGACGGGAGACCUCGUUCCGUGGCUG